UAGCAUUUUCCAUUUCUUCUACCUCACUACGCACUCACCCCACCCCAACCCACCCCCCUCUUCUUCUAAAAUUUUUGGGGUUUUAAAACCCUUUACCCUAUUUCAUUAUUGGGUUUACAAAUGCUUAUAGAAUUUUCAGGGUGAAUUUUCUGAAAGAGAUGGAUUUGUUAAUCUGGAGUCCACCUUACCUUCAAGAUGAAAACAGUUAUCCAACAAACAGCUUCCCCUUCAACUUCUAUUUCAAUCAAAAGCUCGACAUUAUAGAGGAAAAUGCCUUAAACGAGAAAUGUUGUCUGCAAGUGCUGGAGAUGCUCAUUGCAAAAGCUGAUGCGGAAAUUGCUGAACUUAAAGAUGAUAUAGUGAUGCUACAGAGCCAACUAGCCUGCACUGAUGAAAAAUGGUCCGACAUGUGCUUUGCUGCUUUAAAUAAAAAGAUUGGUCAUCUAGAUAGUUUGAUAACAACCUUGAAACAUAAAAAUGUCCAAGUUUCUGGUGUUCACUUACUAACAAAUAGAAAGCCCCCAGAGAGAAUUCAUGAGAUAUUAGAGAGACUGCUGAGAAAUUUCUUUUCUCCACGAGAGGAGCAGCCUGCAAACUCUAGCCUUGGAAGUUCAAAGCUAGCUGCAGCAGGUCUUAUAAAAGUUGAAGCAACGGACAACCACGAUUUAAAGGAUAAUGAGACUGUAGAAAUAAAUGUGGGUGUCGCUGUCCAGGCCAAUGUUACAGUCCAGAUACCAUCUGCGGUUCAAGAAAGAAAUCAUCAAGAAGCAGAUGUGCAUACAAUAUUCAAAGCUUCCAGCAAAAAGGCUUUUGGCCAUGCUAGUGACGAUUCCACUAUGAAGGAUUUGAACAAGUUUGAUAUUCCCAGAAAGCUGAUCAAUGCAAGCAAAAGAGAAUAUCCUUCACAUCUCAACAAUAAGCAGUUUGCAUGUGCUGUUUUAAAGAGUGUAAGCACGAAGUCUCUAAAAGACGAAGCUCAGUCUUGCGGAACAACAAAGAGGAAGAUCAACAUAUCAGAAGAUAUAGUUGAGGAUGAAUUGAUGCCACGAAGUUCUAAUGAUGAAAGGGUAAUCAUAAAUUCGUCUCCAGAAGUCGAGGAAACAAGCAAUGGAAAAGGACCGAAGCCUGCUGGAUCAAUUCUGAAGACCAGUCUAAUUUCUGUAAAACAAGAACCCAAAGAAUACAGAGAUGAACAGACACAGAAUGGAGGGAAGGCUGGUCAGAGAAGAGAAAAAUACACCUCAAGUCAGUUGGCAAGGGAAAAAAAGAUUGGUGCAAAAUCUUUUCUUGGAUUAAAGGGAGAAGAAAGAAGCCAGCCACUGGAAAAAGUCAAAGGUAAAGUGCAAGAGAAGCGACCCUCGAAAAGUCAAGUACUCACCAUACAUAAAUCUGACUCAAAGUUGUUCCUGAAACUAGAAGGUCAGAGGCUGAACUUCAAAUGGAACUUACCUCCAGAAAAGACUAAAGAGCCAUGUCUUGCCGAGGAGUUAGGAUUCAAGACACCUUCUGGUGUAAAACUCAAGAGGCAGAAAAUAGGAAGUACUCAGAAGAACAGAGGUGAUGAGUCUGGAGAUGAAACAAUCAAGGAAAAUAUGUUACUACUCGGUGGAGCCAAAGGAACUGGUGAUCUUCCAGAGAUCAGUUCAACUUCUUUGACUCAAUUGAAGAAUAGAAGGAUAACGAGUUCUAGGGAACCAGUCCUCCAAGACAAUGAGAAUUUGAGAGACUUUCAGAAUAGGUUGGUAAAAUCACAGGACAGAUCAAAUCAAAGUCUUCAAGUUAUUAAAGUUGUGAAUGUCAAACCUCUUGCUUCCACAGCAUUCAUUGUUCCAACACCACACAUAGCAGAUCUAAAAUUUAUGACACUCAAUCAACUCAAGGCUGUGGCAAGGCAACUGAAUCUGCGCGGGGUAUAUACUCUUUGCAAAGCUGAGCUGCAAGAAGUCCUUCACUUUAAGCUGCUAGCUAAAGGUCGGUCAACAUAGAAGCGAUCUCUAAAUCCUCUUUUUGUUUGCAUAUUCUCAAAUGAAACAUAACAGAGAAUUUUACAAGUUUCUUUUAGAAGAAAGGGAGCUCUCUACGGGAAAAAGGCGAUACUAGCAAAUGAUGUUCAUAUAACCAAGUAACCAACUGUACAGAGAAACGAAGUUUUGCUUAUAUAAAGAACAGAUACAUGAGAAAGAAUAUAGAAAAAGUUGAUUCUAGGAAUCAUUAUAGCCAAGUUCUUCCAGGAAGGCUUUACUAUUUUUGUUGAUAAUUACCCUUCUUUUGGUACUGAAAUGAUCAUUACCCUGGUAAUCAAGAACCUCCCUUUGUAGACCUAA